AUGGGAGGUGUCUUUUCGAAAAAAGAGAAGAGUAAUGUCUCGGAUAUACAGAGGAACAUCUUGGUAGGUCGUCAAAUUGUUUUCAGAUAAUGAUUUUUCUUUUCAGCAGUUGAAAUUAGGUAGAGAUCAAUGCAAAAGGCGGAUAAAAGCCUUCAACAACCAGCUAGAUCAACAUAAAGAGAUGGCCAAAGAGCUGUUGAAGAAUGGGCGAAAAGAGUAAGGUCUUUACUAUUUGUCUUUUCGGUUUUUAGACAAAUUUUGGACCUUAUCCAUGAUCAAAUUUAAACUUCUCUAUUUUCAGUCGAGCACUCUUGAUGUUGAAGAGAAAACGUUUUGUGGAGACUCAGAUGGCCCGAGUAGAAGCCCAACUGGACAAAUUGGAGCAAGUGAUAGCCGAUGUUGAGCACGCACAGAUGAAUAACAUGAUCCUUGCGAGUCUGGAGAAGGGCCGAGAUGCUCUGACUGAAAUUAAUAAGGUAAAUUUACCCUCUCCUUCAUUUUGCUUGUUCUUUAGGCAUAUCCGAUCGAGCUUGCACAAAAGAUUCUUGAAGAUUCGGAGGAGGCAGCGGAAUAUCAGCAAGAAAUCACUGAAAUGUUAUCAGGUCAACUAAACGAAAUUGAUCUGGAGGAUGUGGAGAAAGAAUUUGAUGAACUAAUUCAUGUUGAACUACCCGACGUACCCGAGACAGAGUUCGAGGAAGCCAAAGAGAAAGCUGGAAUCAAGAAAAAGACGGCCGAAAAGCGAGAAAGAGUUGCUUUGGAGGCUUCAUGA